AUGCGAGCUUCGCCGCCGCAGGUGGGAGCCGACCCCGGCACGGCGCGGGGACGCGGUGGCCUUUUCCCCGCGGCACCCACGGGACUUUUCUCUCGCUCCCUCCCCGCAGGUUCACCCAGCCUCUACCAACCGCCCGGGCAGGAGAAGGAGGUGCUGGCAGCACCGCCGGCAGGGCUGCAGAUGGCUCCUUGCGGCUGCUUCUUCGACCCCCGCAUCUACCACAUCGAAUGGGCCACCACCAGCUUCCUCCAGCCGCCCGUCUAUAAGCUCGGCGGCGGCGCGGCUCCGCCGGGCACCUUCCUCCUCGACGCCCAGCGCUACCUCCACGCCGCUGGCCCGCCGGACCCGUUCGCCCCUUACCAGCAGCUCCCCGGCCCUCCCCGCUACGCGGCACCCUACGCGCUGCCGGAGGACGGGGUGGCCCCGGCGGUGGCGUUCCCGGGGGACAACGCCGGUGGCCGUCACGCCGCCCCGCUGCUGCUGGCGCUGCCGGCGCCGGGCUUGGCCGAGCCGCCGCUCCACGGCUACAGCCACGUCGAAGGGCGCCUCAAACCCGUGGGCGACCCGGCGGCGGGGCUGCCGGCGGCCCCGGCGCCCGCCGAGGUUCCCCGGGCACCGCGACCCCGGGCGCAGAGCGCCGACGGCAGCCCGGAGCCGGCGGGUUGCAGCCCGCCGAGCCGGCAGCCCGCCGACCUCCCCGAGCAGGUGCUGCUGGAGGACGCCAUGAAGCUCUUCGACUGCUCGCUGGCGGCGGAGCUGAGCCCCGAGGAGCUGAGCGGCAUCCUGACGCGCGGCGGGCGCCCGGACGCCGACGGCUUCUUCCUCCGCGAGGACGCGGCCCGCGACAUCGGCUCGCUCUGGCUGCCCGAGGAGCUGCUCUCCUCCGACUACAGCGUGCCGGAGACCCUCAACACCGUCCUCAGCAUGGACUGCUUCUACGCCGUCAAGGUGGCCCCCGAGGAGCCGGGCUGGGACGCGGUGCCGGAGCAGCGGCCGCCCCCGGACGGCACGGUCCAGCCCGACGGCGGGCGAGAAAGGCAGCAGCAAACGGAGGGAAACGGCUGGUCGCCGAAAAUAGACACCGCCCGCAGCAGCAGGCCGGGAAAGCAGGAUUAG